AUGGACCGUGUAGCUGAAGAAUCGAGGAGACGUGGCGAUUCUGUGCCAGAGCUGGAGAGCAUCAAGACAUCUAGAGAUGUUCCCCAGAAUGUGGAUCAACAUAAACUGGCAACCCACGGGGUCGAAAGAGACAUCACUGAUAUCCCAUCUCCACCAAGUCCUGUUAUCACAUCAGCAAUAUUUGAGAACAGAUCCAAGAAGAGCAUAACUACAUCAAAUCAGCAUGUUUCGAGAAGAGGUUCAGCUAGAGAUAUUCAGCCUCCAACCAGCCGAAACCCAGGUGCAAGCAAUUUAGAUCAGGUAACGCCAAUUCAAGAACCACCCAUUCAGCCUGAUAAGGAGAAAUCAAAAUCUACUAGUAGGCUUCGACCUUGGGUGUUGGAGAAUAAAGGUUCGGUUGCGAGAGACCAUAUGGCCAAUGAAAGGACGUUCUUGGCCUGGAUACGAAGUGCAUUCAUGACAUUAACUUUAGGAAUUGCUUUUGUUCAGAUGUACUCGAUUUCUUCUCGAGCAACCUCUGCUCUUGUUGAAGAUGCUGGCGAACAGAUAAAGCGUCGUUUGAAAGAUGAAAAUGCUGGACUUGACGUAUUGGCGAAGCCAUUGUCCAUCAUAUGUGCUAUUCUUGCAGCUUUUAUGGUUCUUACUGGCUAUUGGCGGUACUUGAGAGUGCAACAUGCAUUGACAAAUAACCAGUUCCCAGCUACUCGUGCAUUGGCGCUCACAGCAGUGUUACUUGCCAUGGUAGUCUUGGCUCUUGUCAUUGGACUCAUUAUCAAGACAGGACCAUAA